AUGGUCGAACCGGUGACAAUAACUAUUGUGCUUACUGUAUUAAGUGUUGUAAAAUCAGGUUUUGAGACGUUGCAAGAAUGGUUUCGUCGAAAGCCAACGCGAACUACAACAACAACAACAACAACUACAGCACCACUCCAACUGAAUAUAGUCCGAUCAGAUGUGAUUACUGAAGAUAUGAGAGCACAUUCGAAAGAAAAAGAUGAAACUACAACGAGAGUAACAACUACAUCAUUAUUGUCAUCUGACAUGACUCUUAUUUUGAUAAUCUGUAUGGGCAUUCUUCUUGCAAUUUUAGUGUAUUAUUACUUUCGAAAGCGAGCGAAACUGAAUGAUAAAUUCGAUCGAGACUGGGAUUCUCCAUCUAGUCCAGUAUCACGAUGA